UAUUGUGCUAUUGUGUUUCAGUUACAUCAACAGGUUCAUAUUUAUUUUUGGUCUUAAGUGCUUCUCUAAAAUGUCAUAUGCAAACCAAUCUCAGACUCUCAACAUCACUGGACAACAGUAUCAGGGAUUACUGGAAAGAGUCUUGUUUUCCACUCUGAUUGGAAUGCCAUGCUGUGUGUUUCUCUCCAUUAAUGGGACCAUGCUUUUCACCCUGAGGAGUAAACCAGUGUUUCGUGAGACCUCCCGUUACAUUCUCCUGUACAACCUCCUUUUUGCAGACACUGUUCAGCUGGCACUGGGCCAGUUACUGUACCUACUGGCUGUUUGUAGAAUAAUGCUGACAUAUCCUGUGUGUGGAGUUCUAUCCAUGCUUGCUGUUCUCACCAAUGAUAUCUCUCCUCUCACACUAGUACUGAUGUCUCUGGAGAGAUAUGUAGCUGUGUGCUACCCACUGAGGCACGCUACCAUCAUCACCAUCAGAAACACAGGGGUGGCUAUCAUUGUGGUUUGGGCCAUUAGCUUACUAAACGUCUUCACUCGAGUUCUUUUACUGUUAAAUUAUCCAUUUGAAGACCUGGAGAGCCUGGUUAUGACAGAUGUUUGCUCUGACAUUGCUAUGUUGCUUGAGCCAAUAACUGAUCAUUAUGACAAAGCCUACACUUACUUUCUGUUUGUAUCAGCUACUGUGGCGAUCAUUUCCUCCUACAUUGGUGUGAUGGUAGCAGCCAGGUCAGCCUCCACUGACAAAGCUUCAGCUCAUAAGGCUCGUAACACACUGCUGCUGCAUCUGGUGCAGCUGGGUCUCAGUCUCUCCUCAACUAUGCACACUUCUAUUGUUCAGUCACUUUCAACAGUCCUACAAAGGUUAGUAAUUGUACGUAUCAAGACUGUUUUUUAUGUGUUUAUCUACAUCCUCCCCAGAUGUCUGAGUUCUCUUAUCUAUGGACUCAGAGAUCAGACCAUCAGACCCGUCCUCUUGUACCAUCUAUGCUGCCGAAUGUCACUCAGCUGUUCCACCAAAGGUUGAGGUCUCACCCUAAAGUUCAAUUGGUUUAGUAUUGUU